UUCCUCGUGAAAGAUGAAGGUUCCUUCCAAGUUGGCGAUGACCUGCAAUACCAUCGAGUUUGAGGUUGCUGAGAUCUUGCUCCGACUUCCACAGUUGAUAGAUCAAGACAGAGAUGUUCGUGAUUCUCACAUUCCAUUAUCACGGUGUGGUAAAAGAAAACGAUCUGCAAUCGUUUUACCUCCUUCUAAUCAUCCUUCAUCUUCGACUCGACCUCUGGUUCCUCAUUCCUGCAACUCCAGAUCUAGAAAGAAGAUGACGAAGCAGGAUUUGCUUGAAUUCAUACAGCAAUCGACACAAAAUAUAAGAACACUGAAAAAGGAUACACCAAAGACGACGAAUCGCUAUGAAAUAUUGAAACAUACAAAUUGGAUGUUAAAUCAAAUGAAAAUAGAGACUUUGAAUUCCAUUCGAAAACCAAUCACGGGUCCUGCAUUGGAAGAAUUACCCUCUCAAGCUCCACCUGAAGGAGAAAAAGACGAAGAAGAAGUCUCCGUCGUCGGUGUCGGCGUCGGCGUCGGCGUCGACGUCAGCGUCAGCGUCUGGGUUGUUGAGCAGUCCAAGGUGGAAGUGGGGCGUUUUACAUCUGGGUCUGAAACCUCGGUGAGUUGCAUUACUUCUAAAGAAACAAACGAACUGAAGCGGCCGGUGAAUGUGCCUGACCUUCCAGAUCUCAACGUAUUGACUCCGUCGUGUUUCAGUAUGAAUUAUUUAAAUAAACUAAAGGGUGAUUUACAAGGAAACCAUGGCCGCUGAGAGAAGAAAAUCAAGGGUUGAAAUCUACAGAAAGAAAAGAUUAUUGGCCUCUGUAAAACUAUGUACUUGCAGAGAUGAUGAUCAUAGCUGAUUUCUUCUUCCAAAUUUUUUGUAUACGACAUUAGUUGACCAUUGAGAUUAUAAUUUCUCUUUUUUAAAAUUUUUA